AAAGUCCUCCAUGUCAUUUAUCGGACAGGAGGAAUCUGUGUCAUUUGUGAUAACAGUUGGCAGUAUAUUUGGUCAGUUGUGUCGGUGAUGGUGGCUCCAGAGUAACAGCCCGACGAGAUUUUGAGUGAACGCUGAAAACAUUUAUAUCUUAUUGUCAGUUGGUGAUAUUAACAAAUUAAAGAAUAAGAAUGAUUAAACGUAACUGGCAACAUAUAAAAUACAUAACAUGAUAUGUCAUGAAACAAUUAAAAUAAACUGAGUCCGUCGAAUCAAGUACAUAUUCUCUUGUUCUCACUUCACUUAUCCAUCAUACUAUUAAAUGUUGUGGCUUUGGUGUAUGUUGGUGGUGGUGGUGGUGGAAGGCAUAGUGGGGGAUACAGCUGACAACGGUGUAUACCUGGAGAUUUUCCCGAGUGCUGAGUGGAAGGUGUCAGAGGACACCCUCCACCACCCCACACUGUCUCUGGGAUUUAACGAAAAUGACACUUACUGUGAUGGUGGGCAGGACCUGACGGAGGCUCAGCUGGUGGUGACGGUUGUACCUGAUGAGGACUGGAAGCUGGACUUUGUCAACAGAAGCAUACACUUCACGGUGGAGGAGGUGUGUGAUCAUGUCAACAAGAGCCUCACCUUCUCCGGCUACUACUGGGGGCUCACCAAGCUGUCCUUCUACCUCACCACCAACUACCAUCUCCUUCACUUGUCCAACAACACUUUACUGAGGGAUGACGUGUUGAUCACAGUAGACAGGAAGUCUAUGAUGAUGGACACCAUCUUCACCUCCACCGGGGCAGUGUUGAUACUGUUUAACAACGUCAACAUGGGGGCCCAGCUGGACCUAAAAGUUAUCAAGGAGGUCCUGAUGAGACCCAUUGGUCCUGCAUGUGGCUUUAUCUCACAGUUUGUUGUCAUGCCUCUGGCUUCCUAUGUGAUGGGUAUUUUAUUGCUCACUGCCCCACUACAGCGUCUGGGACUGUUCACGCUCGGUUGUAGCCCAGGGGGAACCUCCUCGAACUUCUGGACCCUUAUGUUUGAUGGAGACAUCAACCUCUCUAUCACCAUGACUGCUAUCUCUACCAUUGCUGCCAUGGGGAUGAUGCCGAUGUGGAUGUUUUCACUAGGCAAGAAGAUGUUGAAGGAUGCUAACAUCACUAUCCCCUUCGGUAACCUGGCGCUCUCCCUCAUCACACUCACCUUCCCCAUCCUCCUCGGUAUACUCAUCAGGAUGAAACGGCCACUGUGGGCUGACAGAGGUGCCAAGAUUAUCAAACCAUUCUCAUUUUGUAUUCUACUCUUCUUCUAUAUUGUGGGCACCUGGAACUCUUACAAGGUAAUGUUGUUGAUGACUUGGAGGAUGGUGGUGGCUGGCUUUUUGGUUGUCUCCAGCGGCUACACAUUUGGUGCUGUCUUUGCUAAGGUUAUGUGUCUCCCAAAGAAGCAGAUCAUUGCUGUCAGCAUUGAGACGGCUCUACAGAACCCUGGCGUUGCCUUCAUCCUCCUCAAGCUUUCCAUCGAGAGUCCAUACAGUGACCUGGCAAGUGUUCCUAUUGUGGCCACACUGCUUGUGAGUGCGCCGCCACUGAUACUCGUCUAUCUAAUUUAUGCUCUUCUCCGGCGCUUUUGUGGAUGCUGUCCUGACAUAGAGCAGAGAGAUGACCUCACCCAUACACCUGAGGAUGUUGAGAACCUUAAACAGCUACCGGGAGAUGCAAAAUUUAAUGAUGAAGCGAAUCAGUUCCUUCCUGAAUCAUGUGGCACAGAUUGAUUUGUUUAUCCUCAUGAUGAUAAUGAGUUUUACCUUUACCUUAUUUGCCUCAUAGCCACCUACUAGAAGUGGCCAGUGGCCUAUAGGAUCCCUCCAUGGUUCUUGAUAAUUUAUACGUGUUACUGCUGUACCACCAACUAAUAUACUAAAAACACA